AUGCCAUCUCUCGAGGACCUGGAAAAGAUUCUACACCCCACGCUUAUCGACGCCAUCCUUCUGUCAGACUACGCAAGCGACUUUCCAAACCGCUGCUUCUGCGCGCUCGUCCUGCACGAAAUCCAGUGUAAGCUGCCCACCAUACACCUCGACCUCCACGGGCCCCGAAACCAUCGCCACCUCCAGACACAGUUACGCUGCAUACUCUCGAACAACACCAUUGUGCGCAACAAGCUCCUCGGUCUCUAUGGCGACGCAUUGCGACUCCAUGCGCACGCGCGCAAGAACUCGCGGCCUCUGGUGCUAGAUACCUGGAACGAAUUCAUUGGCUUGCUAAUCGAAGAUGUGUUCAUGCUACCCAGGCACCCUAUCUUUGACCAGAUUGACGAGUUGGAGCGUGUGGAGCGCGCGGUCGAGGUUGGGCCCGACGACGAGUUUUUUGCCAAUAAUACCGGGGUUAGGGCUAAACUGAGAAAAAGCAUGGAGAAGGGGAAGCGCAAGAUAAGAGUGUUCAAGUAUAAGGGAGACAAGAGGGUGGUUAGGUCUAGGGGGAAGAGGUGGGAUUUUACGGCUUAG